AUGGGAAGAUUACCAGGGUGGCAGAAUAGGAGUCUCACUAGUAGUAGUAUUAAGCGGGCAGCGGUAGGGCAAGUGAAACAUUCUAUCUUUGUCAGGCUUAAGCUAAAGGGCAUUAGAGAAAGAAAGUUCUUGUUUCCGGGCAUAUCGAUGGGAAUAAGAGCAGGCGCCCUUUCACCAGUAAGCGAUUGGCGGAUGGUGCUAGACCCGUCAGACUCGCUAUCGACUACUCAGAAAGAAAGACUAAAGCAAAAGAAUGGAUUAAGGGAAGAAGCUCAGGUCAAGAUGCCCACUUCUCCUUAUAGACGCUUCACAGUCACAAGUAUGAGGGAUCCGAGAUCUUUUCAAACAACAAGAACGGAACAUCAGGACUUUUUCUACAUGCUUUGCUUCAAAACAGAGAAGAGCGGAAACGACUACGAGAGCAGUUACUCUUCUAACUUUAACACCGGAAACGCAUUCAGUUACCUUUCUAAGAGCUACUUGAAUUUAUCUUCUUUGCUUCACUGUAGGAAUUCAUUCACUCAAUUAGAAGCCGCCUCUAAGGAUAAAGUCUUUCAUCUGCAGGGAGUAGUAGGUCAUGGAGGCUCAGGGCUACUUUUCCCGAAGGAGCUUGUAGCGACAUUUGAGAGACAUUCAGAGCUCCUUCUUCUCUUGAACUUCCAUAGGAGUCCGCUCGUCGUCAUACCGGGCUUAGGAGAGGAUGUUAACAGUGACGAGUCUCUCCCGCGUCUGCUCCGGUCUAUUUGCCAGAAAGAGUUCUCAAACAUCACAACACUUCUUCCCCGACGGCUAAAAACUUUCGAUUCCUUCCGCCUCAAGUACGUUCCAGUUUCUGCCCGCAAAGGUCUUUUGUCUGCUAGAACCAUCUCAAUCUCAUUCCAAAUGACUAAGAAUGAAUUGAGGCAACUAGCCUGUCUCUACCGAUUAGUCUAUGGCCUUGUAAGGAUUAGAGCGUCUCCGGGGAUUAGAAGAGCUCAAGGAUUAGGCCUCUGUCGCGCAGCUUGUCCACAGAAGUCUCAGUUCAACAUCUUAAUGAACCAGGCCGUUAAGGAUGUUGAGGGGACCCGUGAAGGUUAUAUUUGA